UCUGAUAAAAAAAUAAUAUAUUCACUAUUGUUGUUAAAUUAGUGAUUAUAUUUAUAAGAUAGAAUAUAUUUAUUUUUAUAUUUGUAAUAACUAAAAAAUGAUGUUUUGGCAAUAAGAAGUUAAAUCGUCAUCCUACCAAAUUUGUAGAAAAAACAUGUCUUUUUUUUGUUUUAUUUGUCAGGCAAAAUUAACUACAAUUGACGAAACAUGUUCUCAUCUUCGCCGAAAACAUGGUUUGUUUGAAGGUAAACUUUUAUCCCUGAAAUGUUGCACAGAUUCAUGUCAACAGACUUUUCAAAAUUAUAAAAGUUUUCGCGAACACCUUCGAAAUCAUUUAAUUUUCGAAAGUAAUCCUUUAAAUUUGUCUAAUAUAGAUGACGUAUUAAAUAAAAAAGAGCAACAUUCUAACAUCAGAACAAGUAUUAAAAGGAAAGCUAGUUCUAGUGAAAUUUUAACCGAAAAUAGUGGAGACUUAAUAGAAGUGGUAAACACUGCAGAAACUCAAAACUUAAUUUCUUUUAAUUCUGUAAGUGAAAACUUCCAAGAAUCAUAUUUUGAAAAACCUAUAACGCAUUCUGACGCCUCUUCCGGUUCACAAAUUGCUGAUAGCUUAAAUAUAGAUGAACAAACUGAAAAGCAAAGCAAAAAAGAGAAUUUAUUUCAAAAAUUUAUAAUGAAGUUAGACUCUUCAAGCUUACCUAAAGCUACAGUUAAUAAAAUUGUUGAAGAAACUUCAUAUAUGUUGGAUAGUGCAUUUGAUGAUAUCGGAGAUAUAUAUGCAAACGAUCCUUCCUCUUUUUCUGAAAAUCUUCGCGAAUAUGUAAAUAAUCAACGGGAAAGUUAUAAAGAUGUAAGUUCUACUUACAGGAGAAAUAAAAUGAGUUCAAUAGACGAAAAUUUCAUUAAACCAACAUACUUAACUAUCGGUACAAGAAAAGAGGAAAUUUAUGACGAAAAAACCGGCGUUUACAAAUCUAUUCCUGUUCCGUGUAAAGUUGCUUACAUUCCGAUAUUGCAAACUGUUAAAUUUGUCUUGUCAAAUAAGUAUGUAAUGCAAGAGAUUUUGAAAGAUACUGAUCAAAAUACAGAAUUUAUCACAAGCUUCAGAGAUGGUUUGUAUUAUCAAAGACAUUUGUUAUUUAAAUUAAAUAAAUCUAAUGUUGCUUUACUUUUUUACUUUGACGAAUUUGAGACUGUAAACCCUUUAGGCAGCAAAACGGGAGGUCAUAAACUUGGUGCAAUUUACUGUACAUUUCGUAAUUUACCAAACGAAUUUAAUGCUUGUUUAGAAAAUAUUAUGUUAGUUGCUCUCUUUUAUUCAGCAGAUAUUAAAACGUGCGGAAUGUCUAAUAUUUUACGACCAUUAAUUGAUGACCUAAAAAUUUUUGAAUCUCGAGGUAUUCCAAUUGGAGAGUAUACGAUUCGCGGUACAAUCGCUGCAUUUUCUUUUGAUAAUUUAGGAGGCAAUAUGCUGUAUGCUUUACCUGAAUCCUUUGCGAAUACAUAUUAUUGUAGGAUUUGCACGGUUUCUUACGAAGAAGCAAAAACUAUGAUUCUAGAAAAGGAGGAGUAUUUACGGUCCGAAAUUUUAAAUCCGCGUUGUGAAGACGAUGAAUUUUCGCGCACUAUUGGUUGCAAAUUUGAAACAAUUUUUUCUGAAUUAUCUCAUUUUGAUCCGUUUGACUGCCUUUCAGUUGACAUAGCACAUGACCUUCCAGAAGGCUUACUUCAAUUAGAAAUUAAAUUAUUUCUUAAGGAAGCGGUUGAAGUUCGAAAGCUGAUAAAACUUAUCGAUUUAAAUGAACGUAUCAAGAUAUUUAGUUAUGGUAUUAACGAGUCAAAAAAUAAGCCCAGUCCUAUAGUUUUGAAAAAACCUGGCAACCGGGUAGGUCAACGAGCCGCUCAAACUCGAUGCUUGAGCAUGUAUUUACCUCUUAUAUUAAGUGAUGUCUUAAAAAAAGCAUAUGAAAAAUCUGAUCCUAUUAUUGAAAAAUGGGAGGUUCUUAAGCUCUUGUUACAAAUCAUGCAGAUUGUAUACUCUCCAGUUUUUUCUAAUGCUAUGGUUGCUGAGUUAAAGGAAUUGAUUGUCCAGCAUCAUUCUUUAUUUUUACAAUUUUUGGGAGACCACUUAUUGCCAAAACAUCACUUUUUAUUGCACUAUCCAUUAGUAAUAAAGUUAAUGGGACCACUGAUAUUUUUAUGGACAUUGCGCUUCGAAGGAAAGCAUAACUAUUUUAAAGAUUUAGUGCAUAAAAUGAAAAAUUUUAUAAAUGUUAUUAAGACGUUAGCUGAACAACACCAAAAAUUUAUUUAUGAACAGUGGAUUAAUUGUGAUAAAAGAGUGGAACAAGUAGUUUCCGCAAAAUCCGGGAAAUAUGUUUUAUUCGAAGAAUGUCUUACAAAGAAUGGGAUUGAUAACAUUUUUUUAAAAGAUUUUCCUAAAUUUGUUUAUAAAGUUGAAAAACUGUCUUUCCGUGUUGAGUACAGGGUAGGAUUUUUUAUAACAAAAAAAGAAAAUUCUUCGGAGUUUCCAUUCUUUUUUAAAAUUGUAGAGUUAUUCGUAGCUUGUAAUUCUGCCUACGCGAUUUGUAAACCGUACGAAACAGUAGAAUAUGACGACAUAUAUUUAGGAUACAAAAUCGAACCAAAGGAAGGGUCAACAAAAAUAAUAUGUGACUUAAAAACUUUAACACACGUUAUCUCUUACGAAUUACAUCAACCUUACCACACAACUGAUUAUUACAUUAUUCCCAAAUACAGAAUUAACUAGAUAUAGAAUUAAAAAAAUAUGAAUGUAUUUCUUGUAUAAUCAUUCUUCAAAUUUUGUUUUUAAUGAACUCAUACUAACGUCACUGAUUUUAGUUAUUCUGUAUAAAAUGAAACCAUUGGA